AUGGCGAGCGCAAUGCGCGUGCUGCUGCUGGCAGCGCUGGCGGUGGGGCUGCUGGCGACGGCAGCGAGUGCAGGUCGGGACGCGAUGAAGGCAGCGAGGGCGCUGGUGCCAGGGGGGGGCAGGCGCAUUCUGGCGGCUGAGACCUUCGCUCACGACGCCCCUCUGCCCGGCUACCUCGACCACAUCCCCCGCCGCCAGACCCUCGCCACCACGUGCGGGCGCACGACGGUGACGAUCCGGUCGCAGUACAUCGGGCCGUACGACCUGCACAACAACAUCUACAACAUGACCUUCUACAACGGCUGCGCCUACAACGUCACCAGCCCGCUGCGUGUGUAUGCGUGCUUCAACUUCAACAACAUCUGGGAGGGCAUCCUCGACAACCCCGCACCCAACCCCACGCAGUACCAGACAGGCGACAUCUUUGUGCAGACCUCGCCGGGGUACUGUGAGAUGCGCUUGAACCGCGGUGCUACCGGCACGCUGCAGAUGCUCCCCGGGGAGACGGUCAACAUUUUGUAUGCGUGGACCAGUGACUUCCGCCCCUGCGUGCAGGAGCUGCGCUUCGGCAACGGCAACAGCUACUCCAUGACCAACAACACCGAGUGCAAGACCGCUACUGUCAUUUGA